AUGUACAGAAGUGGUGAAGAAAUCAUCAAAGAUGGGGACUGGGAAUUUACUAGCGCUUACCCUUCGGCAGAGGAUUUGAAGAAACUAUCUCUCAAAGUCAGAGAUGAGAAAGUCAAAGUCCAAAGGCUUGCUGCGAUUGUAGUCACUACAAAGCUUCCGUUAGCUCUGUUCCAUCACUCCAUAAGUUAUUUCACUUCAACGCUAAUCGACCUGUUUCUGGCCAUGUUUGCUCUGGGAUUGGCCAUCGGUGUGACAAUUGCGGUCGGUAUUCUGGCUAUCUAUCAACUCCUAGCUAUUGGGAAAAAUCAGACGGGAAUUGAAUCGUGGAUUGUGGCCAAGGCCGAUCACUGGCGAUCUGACACUGGAGCAAAACCAUUCGUCUAUCCGUACGACUUAGGUCGAACGAAUAAUGUGUUACAGGUUUUGACGUGGUCUGGACGUGCGGUUGGUGAUGGUAUACACUGGCCGCUUCGUGACGGUUGUGGCGAAUACGACUUGACUGUACGUGUUAAUUUUUCUGAUGUCACUUCUGUGGAAAUGUUAGACAUUCUUGUGAUAAUCCGUCCUCCAUUGGUUUAUCCUGGAGUUAACGACUUGUAG